GUGUGUUGCUGAGGCUUGUAGAAAUACCUAUAUUCUUUCACAGCGUAUUCACGGAAAACUACGAAGUCAACAUGGACGUUGAAGCUCUGAACAUGCUGAAGAUCUGUGUGGUGAUCAUUUGCCUGGUUUUAAUCGGACACUGUGCAGAGGACUUCAUGGAUAUCCAACAAUUCCUAAGGUACUAUGAGAGCCUCUCUUAUGACAGAACCACAUUACUUCAGCAGCAUCAGCGAGUAAGGCGUCAUCUCAACCCAGAAACCCAGGUGCUGCAUCUGGACUUUGAAGCUUUUCAGAAGGUUUUCCGUUUACGCCUUAAGCCAGACUUUGAUGGAUUUGCAGAGGAUUUCAAGGUCCUAUCGAGCAACCAGUCCUGGAGAGGCGACCUCUCUCACAUAUAUUCAGGAGUGCUGGAAGACGAGGUCGUAUCUUCAUGCCAGGGGUCAGUCAUCAAUGGCCAGUUUGAAGGUUCCAUCAAAACCUCCAAUGGGACCUUCUACAUAGAAUCUAUGCAAAGAUAUCUAUCCGAGUCAACAGAUAAUCACUCUAUCAUCUACCAUGAGGAUGAUAUUGAUGACUUUCCCGUGGAAGGCGGCCAUGCUGGAUUCUGUGGUACGGACCGACUGCAGAGUCUCAUCCAAAGCCUCAGAGAGGAUGAACCAGUACCCAGGUCAAAACGUACAGUAGACCAAUCCAAGACUUGCUGCCUCCUCCAUCUACAUGUGGACUAUUUGUUUUUUCAGCGGUUUGGCAGCACCGAGGCCGUCGUUGCCCAGAUUGCCUCAUAUAUGAAAGCAGUAAACAAUAUAUUUCAUAAAGCUGAGUUUGACGGGAUCAACAUAAUUGACUUCAAGGUGAAAUCGAUCAGUUUUGUUUCAGAACAAGACCCAGAUGACCCACUGCAGGAGACUUUCAUUGGCCCUGAGAAGCUGCUGAGUCUUUAUUCAGAGAUGAACUGGGGAAACUACUGCCUGUCCUACCUAUUAACCAGCCGUGACUUCAGCGGUGUCCUUGGCCUGGCCUGGGAGGGAAAACCAAGUAACUGGGGUGGGAUCUGUUCCAAACCCAUACACAAAAAUGAUGGUCAGACAUCCAGCCUGAACACUGGUAUGAUCACCCUGAAGAACUUUGGACGUUACCUUCUGCCCAAGUUUGUCCAGCUGGCCUUCGCUCAUGAGCUUGGCCACAGUUUGGGAGCUCCUCAUGAUGAAGGCUCAAAUUGUGGUGAUCUUGGACUCACUGAAGGGAAAGGACAUUUCCUGAUGUUCCCACAUGCUGCAGAUGAGGUGAAGGAGAACAGCGACCGUUUCUCACAGUGUAGCCUCCGGCAUAUGAGCCAUUUGCUGAAGAUGAAGAAGGACAAAUGUUUUGUGGUCAGCGAUCGGCCAAUCUGUGGAAACCAGAUUUUAGAGAAAGGAGAGGAAUGUGAUAUAGGAAUCAGUGCAAGUGAUCCAUGUUGCUACAGUUCAAGGGAGCCAAUAGAAAUUCAAUGUCGGCUAAAACCUAACAAACAGUGCAGUCCUAGCCAGGGUCUGUGCUGCAGUUCUGGUUGUACCUUUAAAACCUCUGGACUGCUGUGUGAGGACGACUCUGAGUGUCAGAUGAAAAGCAUGUGUACAGGAACCUCUGCCACAUGUCCUGAACCUGCUGCCAAGCCAAACAUGACAUUGUGCAGUCUGGGCACACGGGUUUGUCUUAAUGGGGAAUGUUCGGGCUCCCUGUGUGUGCUACACGGCCUAAAACAGUGUGACUGCCCAGGGGCGAAUAAGAAAGAAAAAUGUCACUUGUGCUGCCAGCAGAAAGGACUUCUGUCUAUCCGCCCUACCAGCUAGCCUAGACGUGUGAAGGAUGCGAGAGAUUGUCGUCACAUACAGAGAGUAAUCGGUACUUGUCAGAUAUUCCUGCAGCUCCUUUAAUGCUCCUGUAGGUCUCUUGGCAGCCUCCCUGGUAAGUAUUAGUCUUUUCAAUUGUAAAUUUUGGAGGGACAUCCUGUUCUUGGUAACGUCACUGUGGUGCUCCAUUUUCUCCACUUGCUUAUGAUGGUGUUCAUGAUGUUCCAUGGUACUAUUACUACUACCUCUUCUUUUGGCUGCUCCCAUUAGGGGUCGCCACAGCAAAUCUGUUCUGCAUACCUGAUCUGGCAUAGGUUUUAUGCCGGAUGCCCUUCCUGACGCAACCCUCCCCAAUCUCUUUGGGCUUGGGACUGGUGCUAAGUAUGUACAAUCCCAGUGGCUGGGUAUUUUACCUAAUUUGCAUGUCUUUGAAACAUGUAAUGGUUUGGAAAUUCUUUUUUACCCCUCUCCUGAGCAAUACCGUUCAACAAGUGAGAUCCUGUACAAGCUUUGUAAGUUCUUUGUGGAUCAUGGCUUCAGAAGUCAGAUGAAACCAAGACAUCAAGAAAAUCAGAAUAAUUUCAUUGAGGACAGCUGUACAAUAAUUACUUUUGAACACGAGGUUGAAUGUGAAUGGUUCAUUCUGAACACAGUCACAUCCUCAAUUAUAAAAGGGUGUGCACACUUUUGCAACCAGGUUACUGUAAGUUUUUUAUUUUAGCUAUUUUUCCCUAAAAUGUUUCUGAUUGUUUUUCACUUAAUUGUUCUACAAUGUAGUUUCACAUUGAGGGUAGAAAAAGUUCUAACAUAAUUUAGCUUGGAUUCAUUUUUUCCUCCCAUCACAAAAACCUGCCAUUUCCAUAGCCCUCUUAAAAUGGCUUUUUUUUUUUGGCAGGUAUGUUUUUGAUUGAAUGUCUUAAAAAGUUUAAAAAGGAAAAACACAAUAGAGCCAGGCAGGAGUAAACAGAAAAAAACUAGAUAGAACUCGAUGCCAACAGCAUCGAUGGGGAUGCCUUUGCCUGGCAGACUACAUACCUUAGUAAGUUGUGAUUUGGGGAUGGACAUUUGACCUCACAGUAAUCUUGACCUGUGACCUUCUAACCUCAAAAUCUAAUUAGUUCAUGUUUGUCCCAAAGCGCACAAAUGGUGAAAGUUUGGUGAAAUUCCUUUCACUAGCCUUUGAGAUAUCGUGUUCACAAGGUUUCGGGAUGGACACAUGCACGGACGGACAACCCAAAAACAUAAUGCCUCCUGCACCUUAAGGUGGCGGAGGCAUAAAAAUGGUAGUUCAGGAUUUUUAAUGAAUACUUUGAUGGACAGAGUGAAAAGUGUGUUUUUCUCUUAUAAAUAUAUACUUAAGAGCAUAGGGUAUUCAAUUUUGGUAAUACUUAAGUAUAAAUCUUCCAAAAUAAUACUUAAACACAGUAAAUAAAUACAUUUACUCAAAUAUUUUACAUCUCAUUAUUAUUAAUAACAAUAAUAAUAAUAAUAAUAAUAAUAAUAAUAAUAUCUUUCACUACUAAUCAGGCCAUCUUUUGUGAUUAGGAAACCCCAACACAUGCGCAAGCACCACUUCCUCUGUGUUGUUAAAGUCCUUUAAGGGAAAGCGGGUGGCGUUGGCGCCUGGAUCUCCGUGCCA